AUGAGCUCGAGAAGGCCCCUGACCCGUUCUUUCUCCGGAAACGGGAGGUCCGGGAGUCUAAAUGGAGAGGGGGUCUCUGUGCCGAGCGGCAGAGGUGACAGCCGCAACUACCUGCUCAACGUCAGACCGGAGAACAGCUACUCGAGUGUCAGACUCUCUCAUUACAAGCCAGCGAGGAGUGCCUUCUGUAGUGUUAUGUCUCACCUGGCAGAGGAGACCCAGCCAUCAUUUGAGACAACCUUAAAAUCUAAGGCUGUGUCAGAAUCCUCCAAUGUGAAGUUCACCUGUGUGGUUUCAGGGAAUCCCGCCCCUGAGCUGACCUGGUACAAAGAUGAUGUGGAGAUGGAUCGAUACUGUGGCCUUCCCAAAUAUGAAAUAUUCCGGAAUGGAAAAACCCACACGCUUCAUAUUUACAACUGCACUGUGGAGGAUGCAGCCAUCUACCAGGCCUCCGCCCGCAACAGCAAGGGCAUCGUCUCCUGCUCGGGGGUGCUGGAAGUGGGCGCCAUGAAUGAGUACAAGAUCCACCAGCGCUUCUUCGCCAAGCUGAAGCUGAAGGCCGACAGCAAGCGGAAGGACCUGGAGCAGAGCCGCAAGAGAGGGAAGGAGAACGCGAGGGCCAGCCCGGAACAGCAGCGGAAGCGGAGGUCCCUUGGUGAGCCCGUCCUCAGCACCCCCUCCUCGCAGGAGGGAAGAGGCGAACAGAGUCCGCACGCCCAGCUGCCAGAGGCCGAGACCAGGCUAAACCCGCCGGAGCAGCCAGCCGCUGCAGCCAACAUCCCCAACGGGCUCCCCACUGAAACCAGCAGGGCGACCAACGCGGAGGUGCACCAGGAAGCCGAGAAGGAGAAGAGCAAACCGGACCGCAUGUAUAUCCGCGAGACGGUGGAGAUCGUCACCACCAAGCCCGCCACGAAGGACAGCCUGGCCAAAAAGAUGAUAAAGAUCACCAGCAUGGUGGAGAGCGAGCCGGGCAGCAGUGGCGCAGGGCCGGUGCCCGGGAAAGAGAAGGAUGGGAGUGACGGAGCAAUGAGCCUCACCCGGUACCUCACUGAAUCGCUGCAUUCGCCAACAUCCAGUGACCAGCGGAGCCCUGCGCCAUCAGAGGAGACGGGACCCGCCAGCGCCCGUCGUGCGGCCACAGAGAGUGAGGAGCAAACCAGGGAGCUGGAAAGGUCACAGACGCAGGAAGCUCCACGCAAGGAAUCGGAGCCGCCCAACGCCCUGACAUCCAUGUUCUUUUCCCUGAGGGACAUGUUCUUUCGAAAUAAGAAUAAGAACGAGGACGUGGCAGCAAACUCAAGAGACGUUGUGCACAAUAUUGCCGCGAAUUUGGAGGAGAAGGAACUUCCUAUCGUCCAGCCAGUGCCACAUCCAGACCCAUCACAAACCCUCCAACAGGACACGAGUGGCGCAGCAGAGGUGCCUGUCCAGCAGAGGACCCCUUCACCCAUCACAGAGCUCAUGGACGUGGACAAUGUGCCUCCCUCUGUGGACGUCCAGGCGAAAAUGACACCCUCCCCCAACACACAACCUCCAGAAUGUGGAGAGGACUCCACGGUUGCAGAGGAGUGCAUGCAGACGGAGGCGAACGAUGCAACUGUCAUUCAGGACGUGGCCCGCGCCCAGCACAAGCAGGAUGUACAUCUGUUGGUGCCAACAGGGGAGCAUGUCACAGCAGAUGCUGCUGAAAUGGUUACUUUGCACAAUCACCGCCACUCUGCCCCCGGCAAAGCUGCACAGAACAGGUCUCACACCGAGGAACUGGAUGAAAGCCAGACCGAUCCCCAGAAGUCAGAUUCCUUGAACACCUCUGAGUAUCAUAUUACGCCUAUGGUCAACCUAAUCCAGGCUGAUGUGUCCGUGGAUAUUGUGGAGGAGAAGGAGGUUUCCAGGAGUGAUGAAGAAUUGCAGACAGUUAUGCAACAAGAUCAAGCGAAAACAAGCAAUGAAACAGAAAGCAAGAAAAUCAGCAAUGAGAGGUACAGGCAGUCGGUUGCUAGUUCCACUCCAGUAAUAAGCGUGUCAUUUGGAGAUGAAGGGGAGUUUUGUAAACCUGAACCCGAGCUCAACAGCGUGCGGCUGACAGCCGGACCUAUGAAAGCAUCAGCAGCUUUACCCAAAGUGCCCACUUUUGUGAUCCCUCCCAUUUCUGUCACCUGCACAGAAAGCACACCUGAGCAUGUACAGCCCUCUAAAGAUGAGGUGAAAGGGGUGGAGUCAUUGGUCUCUCUGCUGCGAGGGGUCAAGAAUGACAUUGAGCUUGAAAGCAGCUGUGUUUCUUCUUCUUUGGCAAAGGAAAGAGAGACCAGCUCAAACCUUCCAGAUACUGAGAAUCGUAAGGAUGGCAAGCUGUCUGGCAGUAAAGAGAACGCCAUAGAUGUACCAGUGGAAAUCAUGAUACCCAAACCAGUGGAAACACCGAAAACGACUUUAAUAAUUUCUGAUCCCCCGCUGGGAAAAGCUCCCCCACCUACCACUGCCACUGAACCAGUUGAUGAAAAAAGGCUAAAAGAGUCUCGGGCAGAUACCACUGAUACUUUUGUCAAUCGACUCCAGAAGGACAACGCCGGGCUUGAAAGUUUCAGCAUGACUCAUCCUGAAAUGCCAGCGAUGAGUCCUACAGCCAUGCAGAGGUUUGGUCCCAGGGGCGUCCCUGGGUUGGAGGCACCGGGACUGCUGGUGGUGCCUUCCAUUCGAGUGGACAGUUCCCCAACUGGAGAGGACAAGGUGGCCGAGGAGGGGACCGGGAGGGACACCCCGCUGGCCAGCCUGUCCCGUGAGAGCAGCCCUAAGUUGAAGAGACGCGACAGCCUGACCCUCAUCCCCUCUGCCACGCCCGAGGAGCUGGCCUCUGGGGCGAGACGCAAAAUUUUCAUCCCCAAAACAAAAGGAGAAGAAGCGGAAGGGGAGGCGGGAGCGCUGGAAGCCCAGGCAAAGAAAGAGGAGACGCCGAGGAGGAGGAGUCUCUCUCAGAGCCAGGAGGCGCCCUUCCUGUCCCCCAGCCAGGCCCGAAGGUCGUCUUUCCUCCAGCCCCCCACCGGUCAACAGACUCCGCCCACUGAGAGACGCUCGCCCCUUCUCAGCCGCAAGAAGAGCACGCUGGAGGUACCCAAAAUUCAGGAGAAGACGCUUGAGGAGGUUGAGUCCGCCAAGACUGAAUCCAAACCAGAGAAGGACAAGCUAGACCCUUUCAAAGCUCCCCGGGUUAUCCGCAAGAUUAGAGGAGAGCCCUUCUCCGACGCCUCGGGACACUUGAAGCUGUGGUGCCAGUUCUUCAACGUGCUCAGUGACUCAACAAUCAAGUGGCAUAGAGAUGAGGUUGAGAUUGCCGAGGUCCACAGAAGUGCGGGAGAUGAGAGUCAAGUAUCGCUGGCCAUCAUCCAGACAUCAAGCAGGGACUGUGGUGUUUAUGGUUGCUCAAUCAAGAAUGAAUAUGGGACAGACUCAACUGACUUCCUGCUUAGCGCAGAUAUACUUUCUGAGUUCCUGUUGAGAGAAGAAUUAGAAGUGGGAGAGGAGAUUGAAAUGACUCCGAUGCUCUUCACCAAAGGCCUGGCAGACCAGGGGAACUGGGGAAACAAACUUUUUGGGCGGAUCAUGAUUGAGGAGUCGCAUGUAGGGGAGGGUUGUGCUCACAAGGCCAGCAGGGUGAAGGUGAUCUACGGCCUGGAGCCCAUAUUCGAGUCCGGAAGCACCUGCAUCAUCAAGGUGCGAAACCCCAUCGCGUACGGGAAGAAAGACGAGAAUAACCUCGUGGAGAGAAACCAGGAGAUCACCAAGCAGGAUUGUAAAGUGCAGAACAUGAUUCGAGAGUACUGCAAAGUCUUUGCAGCAGAGACGAGAGUGGUGGAUAACUUCGGCCCAGCGCUGGAAGUGAUUCCCCUCUAUCUAAUGUACCGGCCUGCCAACACCAUCCCGUACGCCACCGUGGAGUCUGACUUGAAGGGGGUCUUUCUGAAGUACAGCCUGGUGGACGCCACUGGCAGGCUGGUCAUGAGGACUGGGUCUGAGGUGGAGCAGAAGUGUUGCACCUUCCAGCACUGGAUCCACCAGUGGACCAAUGGAAACUUACUGGUCACUCAGCUAGAAGGUGUUGAUAUGAAGAUCACCAACGUAGGAGUCGCCACAAAGUCAAAGGGGUACCAGGGUCUCUCGGACAGUGCCACGCCCAAGGUGUUUGAACAGUUUGUGUCGCAGCACCAGUGCAACUACUACUGUGGCCUCCUGGGCCUGCGAACGCUCAAAUCCACGGACUCCCUCCAACAGCCUGGCAAGCUGAAGGCCUCCAGAAGCCCCCUGCUCAGCCGCAGGGCUGGCCCGGGAUCCUCCAGCCCGCAGCUGCAGAAGAAAGGGCUACAGAGCCCCCAGUCCCCGAGGAAGACCAACCCCAGCCCCAAGCUGGCCAGGAAGUCAGAGGCAACCAAGAACAAGACGGCAGAGGCCACCAAAACAGUGACAAAAUGA